AUCACUGCAAAACCCAUUUCUUCCUUCUUCCCACGAAGAGCAGAGAGCAGAGAGCAGAGAGCAGAGAAAACUAGGGUUGGGAGCCAUGGAUGCGUACGAGAAGUUGGAGAAAGUUGGGGAGGGAACUUACGGCAAAGUCUACAAAGCCAGAGAGAAGGCCACAGGAAACAUAGUGGCGCUCAAGAAGACUAGAUUGCCGGAGGACGACGAGGGAGUGCCGGCCACCACUCUCCGAGAGGUUUCCCUCCUCCGGAUGCUCUCACUGGGUCCGCAUAUUGUCAGGCUACUGGAUUUGAAACAAGGCCAAAACAAAAAAGGGCAGUCGAUUCUCUAUCUAGUUUUUGAAUUCAUGGAUGGUGAUCUUAAGAAAUAUAUCAGAAGUAUUCGCCAGAAUCAAGAGCUGAUUCCUUCCCAAAUUGUUAAGACUCUUAUGUAUCAGCUUUGCAAGGGCAUUGCAUUUUGUCAUGGACAUGGUGUACUACACAGGGAUCUGAAGCCUCAUAACAUUCUAUUGGACCGGAAGGCAAUGAUGUUAAAGAUAGCGGAUCUCGGGCUCAGCCGAGCCUUUACUCUUCCGGUUAAGAAAUAUACUCAUGAGAUCCUAACGCUUUGGUAUAGGGCUCCUGAAGUGCUUCUUGGGGCUAAAACCUAUGCAGCACCAGUUGAUAUUUGGUCAGUUGGCUGCAUAUUUGCUGAACUGGUGACAACACAGGCACUCUUCACUGGAGAUUCAGAGUUACAGCAGCUCCUCCACAUUUUCAGGCUACUUGGUACACCAAAUGAAGAAGUUUGGCCAGGAGUCAGCAAACUAGCAAACUGGCAUGAGUAUCCUCAGUGGACCCCAAAAGGCCUAUCAACAGCAGUUCCUAAUCUUGAUGCAGAUGGUCUUGAUCUGCUUUCGAAAAUGUUGAUGUAUGAGCCAUCAAAGAGAAUUUCUGGAAAGAAGGC